AUGCCAGAGGAUGCAGUCAAAACCAGCCUCGGACAACCCGUCACAAUAUCAAUUAUCACUGUGCCGCAGGGCAUUGCAUGGGCAAGGAUGGAACGACCUGCAGCAGCCCAAAUCAUGGAUGAUGAGGAAGAGUUGAUGGACAUUGUGGCUGGCAGAAGCUGUGGGGACAAUAGAGAGGCGGAGCUCAGAAAGCUGGAAGUGUUGGAAUUGGCAGCACAACAGAGACAAGACGAGCAAUCAAAGAGAGAGGGAAUGGAGAGGUCAUUCCAGUUAUUGCAGCAGCAUCCCAGCACAGCAGGUGACAAACCCAUGGGAGAGGAAAUCGAUGAAGAAGCUGCCUUUAGUUUGAAGGCAGUACCGGUACAAGAGCAAAUAAAAAAUCAUCGCCAUGUUCGCCAGGAUACCAGCGAAACUCCAUCAACAGCAGCUGCUCUAGAGGACCAUCCGAGCACAACAGGCGACAAACCAACGGGAGAGGAAAUCAAAGAAAGUGAAAACGAACAUGAUGCCUUUGUUUUGAAGGUAGUACAGGAGCGUAUAAAGAAUCAUCGUCAGGUUACCAGCGAAACUCCGUCUGCAGAAGCUGGUCUAGAGGACGAGCUUGCUUUUCCACACCCAAGGUUGACCCGUGGGCAAAAUCAGCCAGAUGAACCUACCAUGCAUCCAGGAGCAUAUGCAGUGGCCCCCGGAACUGAUCUCCAGAGAACCGCAACACUCAGGCGUUCAUUAGUGGGGGGAGCCACUCUUUCUUCUGAUGAGCUGCCUGUUGGUGAUAGUUCUGAUGAAGAGCUCAGAAUGUCAAGUGCAAACGCAAGGAAUCAAAGUACCGUAAAUGACCAAGCCACCACUCCAACCAACAACAACAAUGGAUUGUCGGUGGCGAACCAGGUUGAAGAAAAUGAAGAACCUACACAGAUUGCUCGACCCGACAAUUUGCCUGGAAAAAAUGGAUCAACCUCUGUGACUCUUAUGAUCUAUGUGCUCAUUGGUAGCCUUCUACUUGUUGGAGUGAUUGUUGGUUCCAUCUGUGGGGCUGGUCUCUGCAGCAAUAGAGAAGGCAAUGUGGAGACUCAGGCUCCCACUUCCUUUCGAUAUUUUGUUUUGGAGGACAUAAAAAACAGAAUCGAAGAGACUUUUGGACGUAACUAUUUUCCGGAAAAUGAGGAGCCAGAACCCACUCAGCCAAAGUUCAAGGCUCUUGAUUGGAUCGUUUUUGAAGAUCCGCUGCAGCUCAACCCAGAUGCCAACAAUAUUCUUCAGAGGUUCAUCUUGUCAUUAACGUACUUUCAAACAUCCCAAGAGGGCGACUGGCUUUAUUGCGGGCCAUCUGAAACUGCAGAUGAUGAAACAUGCUGGCAUGUGGAAUCAUUGGCAAGUAGGUGGCUGACAGGUGUUCAUGAAUGUCAAUGGGCGGGGAUUGGGUGCAACAGAGUGAAGAACAUUACUCAGUUAGAGCUCAGGGACAAUGGAUUAAACGGCCCUCUGCCAACAGAACUUGCAAGCCUUUCCACACUGGAAGGAAUAGACUUUGAGGGGAACCAACUGACAGGCACCGUUCCAAGCAUAUAUGGCAGCUCCACUGCCCUUUCUUUAUUGAAUCUUGUGGACAACCAACUGUCUGGAAGUAUUCCAUUGGAAUUGUUUGGAAACGACCUCUCCUACAUACUCUUGAGAAACAAUUCACUAACUGGGACAAUGCCCACAGAAAUUGGACUGUUUGAUGGGGCUACACUUGGAUUUGGUUCAAACAGCUUGUCUGGUUCCAUCCCUACAGAGCUCUUUCAGGUCGGAAAAGUAAUCCAAAAAGGAAACCUUCUUAUUCUUUUUCAUGACAAUAAGCUUACAGGAACUCUACCCACUGAAAUUGGAGCAUUGCAUGUAGGUCGUAAUAGCCAUGUCUUUUUGCAAGGGAACCAAUUGCACGGAACCAUCCCAUCAGAAAUAGGACUUUUGAAGGGCUCUCUCAAAGAACUUGCUAUCAGUCGGACCAAUAUGGAUGGCUCCCUACCAGAGGAACUCUUCACCAGUUGUACCAACUUAGUUGCUCUAAAGGCCUCCAACUCUGGUUUGACAGGGACAAUCAGCAUUGGACUGCAGCGUUUGACAAAGCUACAAAUUUUUGAUAUUUCCAACAACAAAUUCCAUGGGACCAUCCCAGCACAGCUUUCUGCUCUGACAAGGCUACAACGUUUUAGUGUGAAUGGGAAUGACCUUUCUGGUUCCAUUCCGUCAUCUGUCUGCACUCUGGCAGAUCCUCUCAAGGGCUCAUUUGCAGUGGCUGCUGACUGUUUGCCAAGGGGUGGAACAGGCUAUCCCAUGGUAGAGUGCUCUUGUUGCACUCUGUGUUGUGAUGGUGAAGCUGCUGACUACUGCCUUCCAACGUAG